CGACCGCCAGUUGGAGCUGCAGACUUCGACCGGACCGCCAUCUGGUACAGAAUAGUGAUGUGUGAAUUUCAAUCUUGAAUUUUCAAUUUCGCCCUUGGAAUUUAACAUCCUCGAAUCGUUGGUCAACAGUAUCCAUGAGUGCGGGUGAAAAAAUAAAAUGGCUUUUGCUGAUCCUCCUCGUAAGGGUACAUCUCUCUGCUGCUGUCUCCCCUUACGCCAAGCAGCCACGGUUUGCGACGCUCAAUGGACAUCUUAUCAUCAUUGCUGCACAAGAUCGUAACAUCAGCUUCCGAACGUCCGGUGGGGGCCAGGUCUACCUAAACGAUGAAAACUUACUUCAAAUCGUUCAAAAGACGAAAGGUGCAAACCGGUUUUGGGAGACGUUUAUGACGUACGACUUGCCUGAAAUUCGGGACAAGAUGGGGCGUUUCACGGAGUACCUAGAGGGAGCGCACGGGCUCGUUCAGAAAAUGGCGCGCAUUGAAAUCUCUGGCACAAAUGGAUCAAGUCUCGCUGUCAUCAACGGGACAUCACGACCCACCUACCAGAAUAUUCCCAAUUUGGAGCGGGUGGUGCGGAAACUGAACCGAGAUAUGAAUCGGCUGAAGAGAUUACUUCAGGCAGACGAGUGCUCAAGCAACCCCUGUCGAAACGGCGGCACUUGCAUCGACCAAUUCAAUAGCUUCCAAUGUCAGUGCCCAGACGCCUGGGAGGGUGUACUAUGCGACGAAGACGUGGACGAAUGCGCUUUGUACGCGAACACACAUCUUUCUUGUCAGAACGGAGGCAGCUGCGUGAACAAACCAGGUUUCUACGAGUGUCUCUGCCCCCCUGGCUACUACGGGGUCCGCUGCACGGAGAGCACCACCAACUGUGCUACGCGUGGCCAGCAGCUGUGCGGUCACGGCAUUUGCGUCCCCCAUCAGGACUCCUACAAGUGCAUUUGCGAUCAGGGCUGGAAGACCGACGGUAUAUCACCAGCUUGCGUUGUGGAUGUAAAUGAGUGCGAAAGCCAUUAUUCCUGCUCCAAGUCCCCACCUGUUGAGUGUCUUAAUACACCUGGGUCCUACACCUGUGGACAUUGCCCACCAGGGUACACCGGGAACGGACAUUAUUGCAAUGAUAUCGAUGAGUGUUUAGUUGAUAAUGGUGGUUGCAGCAUUACUCCCUUUGUAACUUGUUUGAAUCUACCCGGCUCUGCAAUCUGUACACCUUGUCCCCCAGGAUACACCGGUGAUGGUGCGGUUUGUCAGUAUCUUGGAGGUCCUUGCUUUGUCGACAAUGGUGGUUGCCAUCCCAAAGCCACUUGUGUUCAAAAUCCCGCCAUCAGUGACAGUUAUGUUCAAUGCGUGUGUCCUCCAGGAUACGUGGGCUCUGGUAUGGGGCCCACAGGGUGCACAUCGACUGGAGUUACACCUACCAAUGUCACUGUCUGUCCAUCGUCAAGAUGUAACAACCAUGGUCAGUGCUCUUACUCUGCAUCGGGGGUUGGAUUCAAGUGUCGUUGUGAUCCAGGAUUUACAGGCACUUACUGUGAAAUAGGUGAAGAUGGUUGCUCACCAAAUCCUUGUUUGAAUGGUGGAACGUGCUCUCGUCUUACAGAUCCAUCCAAGUUUGCUUGCCUUUGCCUGCCAGGAUUUAUUGGCAGCACUUGCGAGGUAGCACGGUCAGCUUGUUUCGGCAUAUUGAAAUCACCGUCAGGUAUCAUGAGCUUUCCGGAAACUCCUAAUACAACAUACCCUCUUGAAAUGAAUUGUGGAUGGAUCAUCACAACCAAUGCAAGUCAUGUUUUGAACAUCUCUUUUGAAUAUUUUGCCGUGGAGGCAUCACAUGAGUGUGAUAAAGAUUUCCUCCAGAUCAAUGAUGGCCCAGACAUGACGCACAACUUAAUUGGGCGGUUUUGCGGCACCAAAAAACCGGACAAUUUCACUUCAUCUAGUCACUCGGUAUACCUCUGGUUUCGGUCAGACUCCUCAGUGAGUUUAGCUGGAUUUCGGAUCCGAUGGACCUCUGUUGUUCCAAAGUGUGGUGGGUUGAUAAAAUCUAACUCUCACGGAACAAUCAGUUCUCCAGGUUCACCGAAUCGGUAUCCGGCCAACCGCAACUGUUCAUGGCGCAUUGAGGUCCCGAAAGGCUACAGGAUCCUCUUCACAUUUUACACUCUCAUGAUUGGCUCCUCUUCAAAUUGUACCUAUGAUUAUCUAGAGAUUGUUAACAGCUUUGAUGACUACGGUUCAUCUGUAGGACGGUUUUGUGGUAGCAGUUUCCCUGCCCCAAUCUAUUCUUCAUCUUCUCAUGCGACUUUACAUUUUCAUUCUGACAAUGUCACUGGCCCAAAUGAAGUCGGGUUCCAAUUAACUUACGCUGCCAUUCGUUCAUGUGGAGGACUCCUCAGUGGCUAUUCAGGGAUUAUAACAUCGCCAAAACAUCCUGAAAAGAAUGAUGAAUACGUCUCCGAUACCGUUUGUGAGUGGACUAUCCAACUGCCGUUGGGGGAAAAAGUAUCCCUUCAUUUCGAUUCAUUUGACUUGGAGGACUCGGACAAUUGCACCUAUGAUAAUGUUGAGAUUUUUGAUGGACCAACGUUUGAAUCUCCUCUUCUUGGUAGAUUCUGCGGAGCAAGAAAAACCAUUCUUCCUAUAAUUUCUACAAAUAAUCAAGUUUCAGUGCGUUUUACAACCGAUCUUACCAACUCUGGCACUGGGUUUCGCCUGAAAUAUGACCUGGUUUGUGGCGGCGAAUUCACAACUGAAUCGGGCCAUUUCAAGUCACCUCUCUUUCCGAAUUACUAUCCAGGCGAAAAGCGUUGUACGUAUCUUUUGAGUCAGCUUCCGGGCAAAGCCAUUGAAGUGACAUUUUUAGAGUUUGAAAUCGAAACCUCCUCCUAUGAUACUUGUGAGCUUGAUUACCUUAAGGCCUAUGAUGGCGAAAAUGAAAACGCAACAUUGAUUGGCACGUACUGCACUGGCAAUAGACCUGACACAAUUGUUUCGAAACACAAUUACCUGUUCUUUGUCUUUGAGACCGAUUCAACUAUUCAGAAGAAAGGAUUUUAUGCUAAUUUCACUGUCAUUGAUGUUGCUUGCGGUGGUAUAUUCAAGGCAAACAGUAGCACAAUUACAAGUCCGAAGCAUCCAAACAAAUAUCCAAUGAAUCAGAAGUGUCAGUGGGUGAUUUCGGCUCCACCAGGCUAUUUUGUCCAAUUGACAUGGACGGAGUUCUCCCUUGAGAUGCAUUCAUCGUGCCGCCAUGAUUAUGUCGAGGUUUUCGAUAAUUCUUCGGUGGUUGCUGAAGACACUCUGAUCGGCAGAUUUUGUGGCGUCAAACUACCACCACCUAUUACAUCCACAGGCAAUAUAAUGACCAUAACUUUUAUUUCGGACUCAUCAAUAAAUAUGGAUGGAUUCUCAGCCAAUUAUCUCAUGCUUGAUGGCUCCAGGAUGUGCGGCGGAAACUUUUAUUCAACAACUGGGUAUUUGCGCACACCUAACUAUCCCAACCGUUACCCCUACAACCGCAAUUGCAUUUGGACAAUAACUGUUCAGCCUGGUCAGCAGAUCAAGUUGCAUUUUAAGAACUUCACUCUGGAACCCAACAAAUUUUGCUACUAUGAUUAUUUAGAAAUCAGGCAAGGUGGUUACGAAACUUCACCUCUGAUCGGGAAAUAUUGUGGCCACGAUACGAGUCCACCAAACAUCACCUCCCAUGGUAAUCAGCUCUGGCUCAAAUUUGUAUCUGAUGCUACGACCAGUCUAGAAGGCUUCAACAUUUACUGGGAUGGCACCAGUACAGGGUGUGGCGGAGUUUUGACCAGUUCGACUGGCUCCAUCACAUCACCCAACUAUCCAAAUUCCUACACAGCAAAUGCCAAUUGCGCGUGGAAGAUCACCGUAAACAAAGGCUCCGUCAUCAAACUGACAAUCGUCGACAUUGAUGUAGACUCCAUGUAUCCAGGGAAAUGUUGGACCAAUUAUUUGAGCAUUUAUGACGGUGCCAGCUCCAAAAGUCCCCUUCUCGGCCAAUUUUGCCGCAACGGACAGCAGACUGUCCUCAAGUCGACAACCAAUGAAAUGUUCUUGAAAUUCCGAUUUAUGCGACGUUUUGAAAACGGUAAAGGAUUCUUCGUGCAGUACUCUUCCGAGUGCAACACAACAUUGAGCGGCUUCACGGGUGUGAUUGAGUCACCCAACUUUCCAGAGAGAUACCCUAGGUUAACAAAUUGUGUUUGGGUUAUUAGAGCUCCAUUAGGGAAUCGCAUCAAUAUCUCAUUCUCACAUUUCGACCUUGUCGCUGAGCGGUACACCGACCAACUCAUGUACGUUGAUUACAUGGUCAAUUCUCGUUUGCUUUGGCCAGGGAGGCUUGAGAGGUUGCAGAGCUCUAACUGUUCCGACUCUGUCGAAAUCAAAGAAGGCGGUGUUGAGGGGGGCAUCACCGACCCUGCAACAAAAUCUCUAAGCAUUCUUUGUGGUAGAGCGCUGCCAAAAAUGAUCUCUUCCAGCCUAGAUACUGUUUUUGUGCACUUCAAAAGUGUCUAUAAUAUCCCAGGAACUGGAUUCAGGCUGGAAUGGGUGGUUCAUGGUUGCGGUGGAGUGUUCCUGAACCGACCGAAGGGCAAGUUUUCAACACCAAACUACCCUCAUAACUACCCACCAAAAAUCCACUGCGAAUGGUUCAUUACUGCAGACUGGGACAAACAAGUAACCAUCACAAUUCCACGUAUUGAUAUUGAAGAUGACGAUAACAAUUGCUUGAUGGACUCUCUCACCAUCUACAGCGGCGAAGAUGACUCUGCACCUGUUCUCACCAAAAUCUGUCAGUCCCAAACAUCAACCACUAUCGUUCAUUCUCAUGGCAACAAAGCCUUCAUCCGCUUUAUUUCGGAUCAGUCUUUUUCAGGUCGCGGUUUUGAGGGCACUUUCCAAACAGACAUAGCGGCUUCAGGUUGUGGUGGUAUGUUCAGGACACCCUCAGGAUCGAUCUUUACGCCCAAUUAUCCCAAAAACUACAGAGAUGCAGAAGAAUGCACUUGGUUGCUUACUGUCAAAGCACUUCACCGUGUCAAUCUCACUUUCUCAGAUUUUGAUGUAGGAGUGGCUCGAUUGAAUCCUAACUGUAGUAAUUCAUAUGUUGAUAUUUUUGAUGGGACCUCCUCAAAUGAUCCCAAAUUGGCAAGAUUAUGCGGCAACACAGUUCCUGCGCCUUUUGUUUCAUCUAGUAAUUUCCUAUUGAUUCGACUGAGAGCUCGUAGUCCAACUACAAAAGGAUUUGCUGCCAACUACACCACUGCCUGCGGUGCGGUCAUAGAAACGGAUGAUUCCGGCGUUAUUUCAAGUGACGUUUCAGCAAUGGCCCACCAGGAAUCAAAAGAGUGCUCUUGGAUUAUCCAAGCCGCAAAACCAGACUCGAAAGUAACGUUCUCUGUAACACAUCUAAAUAUAUUCGCUCGACAAGACGAUCCAGAAUGUACGCAGGACAAUGUCUUACUGGCUUAUGAUGGUGAUGAUUCCAAUGCCACCAAAAUCCUUGAAGUUUGCGGAUCAAGAAUUCCACCCUCCAUCACAAGCACCGGGCCAUCAAUGCUUAUCACCUUCAAAUCGGACCAGAGUUAUGUUGCUGGAUACAAAUAUCGGUUUUCUGGAUUCUAUUCCGUCCGGGCCUCAGCUUGUGGUGGUACUUUAGCUGCGGAACAUGGAACUAUAUCUUCACCCAACUAUCCAAACAGUUAUCCAAGAUUAACAGACUGUGUCUGGACCAUUUCAGUGUCUCAAGGGAAUAAGAUGCAGUUGGUCUUCUCCAAUUUUAAUUUGUUGAAAAGUGACCAUUGCAUGGAAGAUUAUGUAGAAAUUAGAGAGAAAAGUGUAUCUGGUAAGCUGCUUUCCGUAAGUUGUGGAGAUGAGAAGCCAGCCUUAGUCACGGCUACUCAUGGCUUCUGGAUCAAAUUCCACAGUGGCUCGCAGGCAGACACUACAGGUAAAGGAUUCACCGCAGAUUUUGCCACGCUGACACACAAUGAUCUGGAGGGUCCCUCAGGCACGAUUACCUCACCACUCUUUCCCAUGGCUUACACUCUAGAUAAAACCUUCACAUGGCGGAUUUUGGUGGACUCGAAAGAGGCUGUCAUGAUUACGUUCAAUGAUUGCUCAUUGGAAACUUCCCUUCCUGAGGAAACAGUGUACCUCAGUGUCCAAGAAGAAAGCGCUGAUUCUGGAGACUCCGUUUGUAUCAGUGAUCUAAAAAUCUACGAUGGGUUCGAUGGAAGCGCUCCUUUGCUCGGUCAAAUCUGUGGUCUCGCCUGCCCGAAACCAAUGAUUUCUUCCUCAAGCUAUGUGUACAUUGAAUUCCAUAGCAACGUGGUUUUUUCUGGAUCGUCAUUCAGUCUGUCUUGGUCACAGGUUCCUCGCGAUUCUACGUUUGUCUCAACAAAGUCAUCCAAUGAAACAUGCAGCCAAGAUGUCUUCUUGUCAGCAUCUAUCACAGGCAACAUGAGUUACGUAUUCAACUAUAGCUCGGCAUUUGCUGAUCAUGACUGCACUUGGAUUGUACGCAGUGACAAAGGCAGUCACAUCCAACUCAAAUUCGACAGAGUGAACUUGUACAAGGAUGGAUACCUUUAUUAUGGCUGCUCUGGUGGUGUUGAUGUGUACGAAGGCUCUCCGUCAAACGAAUGGAAAUUUGUGAAAAAUGUGUGUCAACCAAACGCAACAGGCAGUAUCAUAGAAGGCACAAACUUGAUGAAAAUGGAAAUAACUUUGCAGCGUUUCAGGGAUAUUAAUAGCAACGGCUUGAUCGUCACUGCCUCAGUUGUUUGUGGAGGGGUGGUUAAUGGUCCCAACGGAGAGUUAGUUGUGACAGAAAAGACAAAGAUGCUCCGCGAACUUUCAAAGAUUUUGACUUACCAACAGCACUGUGAGUGGACCAUUGUAGUGAAAACAGGGCGAACAAUAAAAUUCAAUUACCCAGAAAUACUGGAUCUCAGUUCAUCGGCAGCAAAAACUAACAAAAAUGUGAAAGACUGCGAUCGUGCGUAUGUCAUGAUCAAGAACGGACAAGACGAUGACUAUCCACCCCUAGGUAACGGUAAAUAUUGUAACAGUACGCACGUCAGCAUACCAGAAACAACUGGUAACAAGGCGUUUGUCAGAUUUGUCGUUUCCAGCACAGAUCCGGUUGGUCUAAAAUUAGCCUUUCAUGAAGUUUCACUGGACUGCAACCAAAAUUUCGUUCUGUCUGACUCGGUAAACUCUGUCAACAUUUCUUCACCUGAGUAUCCUAACGCACCACCUCCGCACACUGAGUGUGUUUGGAAGUUCUCUGCUCCCCUCCAUCAAAGCCUCCGCAUCACUUUCCCUGAGCAGUUUGAUUUCACGUACUCACUUAGUUGUAAAGAUGAUUACAUCGAGAUCCGAGAUGGUCUGACUGAAGUCUCGAGGGUCCUUGGCAGAUUUUGCGACCAGAAUGUGCCCAACUCCUUAUUCUCAACCGGAAACCAAAUGCUCGUGAAGUAUUUCACAGAUGUGAAAAAUCCCAAAAAUGGCUUUCUUGCCACUAUUGAUCUAGCCUCUUGCGGUGGAACUUACCGACUAUUCUAUGGAAAAGGGAAAGUGACAUCACCUGGUUUUCCAAACAGCUACCCAUCGAACCAGGUUUGCAACACAACACUCAUAACCGGUCCAGAGAGCUACUUCCAGUUCAACUUCUCAUCAGUUAACCUCUUCCAUGGGGACGGCCCCGCUUACGAUGGCAAGGUUAACUCGUCUUGUACUAGUGGCGGUCAUGAUCUUAUCGUCGUUUACAAUGUCAACCCUGUCACCUACCACCAAACGGAACUAGCUCGAGCUUGCCGCCAUUAUGUCCCACCAACAUUCGAAUCAGUUUCCAACCGAGUGUUGGUGUCUUUUGUCUCCGGAAGUAACUCAAAUGGGCCCGACUCGGAUGUUUUUCAUGCUGGUUUUGUUUUGGAUUACACAGCAAAGUUUUCAAAUUGUGAUCAGACGCUCACCGUCCCAUUCGGCAAUGUUUCUUCACCAAACUAUCCACUGAAACCGGACAGAUUGUAUCAUUGCACAUGGCGGAUUGAGGCUCCGAAAGGUCGCCGGGUCACUGCGACCAUUGUGAGAGCAAAUUUCGUUUCUCCAGAUUCAGCUUCAAAAUCAUCAUCGGCUGAACGGCUUAAGUUUUACAAUGAUAAUUUCUACAGCAGUCGAAUCACAACAUUAACUGGGCCAAUCGCAUUUGGGACGAAAAUUGAAUCCUCGGCCAAUUACAUGCUUAUUUCAUAUGUGACAAACAGUAAGGCUAACUUCAACAGAGGAUUCAUGCUUAACUUCACGACUACGGAGGAAGCGCUCUGUGGCGGACCUUUGGAAGCUGCUGGCACGGUAUCAUCGCCCAACACAAAUGGCUCCGUCUUCUGUAUAUGGGAAAAGACAAAGGAAGACAAAAACACCACUUUUGUCCUAGAUGUAGCUGGCGUAUUGGCGCCGGUGAAUAGAACUCAGUGCUUCACUUACAAUGCGCUUUCAAUUUUUGGUGAUUCUGGAAAAAUAUUGAAGAGAUUUUGUUCCAAUGAACCAACCAGUGCUACAGUGCGGGUUCCUUUUCCGCAAGUUAAAAUCAAGUCGAUAACCUCAGAGAAGGAUUGGUGGUCAACGUCCACUCUGGUGCCUGUUAAUUUCACCAUCUCGUUUCGAACGACGAAUUGCGGAGGAGUGGUCAAAGACGUAAACCAAAUCAUCGCAAGCCCAAAUGCGCCAGAUCCAUAUGAUGGUCAGUCGGACUGUGCUUGGUACCUGGAUUAUGGGAAUUACGCUAAGCUUACAGUAGAGUCAGUAGAUCUAGAACCUGACUGUAAAAUCAACUUCUUGCGCAUAUACAAUGGACGCUCAACGGAGGACCCACUCCAAAAAGAAUAUUGUGGUCCGAUUACAAACGAGGUCCUCAUCAUUCACCCCUCUACAUUUAUUGAAUUCCAUAGCUCAUCCAACAAAAACAGCAGGAAAGGUUUUCGUCUCCGUGCCUCACCCACCAACACUGGUUCAUGCAGCGGACUGCUGGUUGGGGAAAACGGCGUAGUAACAUCACCAAACUAUCCAAACAUGUACCCGAGUUUAACCAGUUGUAUUUGGACGAUUAAUGUCCCUCCGGGUUACCGGGUCAAUCUUAAAUUCACAGAUAGAUUUUACUUGGAAGAAAGUGACAACUGCACCAAAGAUUUUAUCAUGGUUUACAAUCACAGUGAAAAAGAUGAAGAUCAAACGGCAUUCGAAGGUGGGAGUCCGCCUCGGUCGAAGUUCUGCGGUCGAAACCAUCCACCAAGUUUCACCUCAAUGUACCGCCGAAUGACUCUUAGGUUCCAGUCAGAUUCAGACAAGGCCGGAGAAGGCUUUAAGGCUGAAUGGCAAGCAGUCUGCGGAGGAGUUUUCACGGCCCAGGCCGGCACAAUUGUCUCACCGAACUAUCCUGAUAACUACAAUCCCAUGGCCAACUGCAAUUACACUAUUUUUGCACCUGGCAAAAAGAUCUCCCUUGAGUUUUUGAAGUUUGAUUUAGAAGUAGCUGGUCCGAGCGGCUGUUCCUAUCACAACCUGACGCUCCACGGAUUCGAGUCCUCCUGGUCCCGUCAGUUAAGCGUGCGAGAGGUUUACUGCGGACACACGCUCCCGCCAAAACAGGAGUUCAAGUCCAUCGUUUCACUUGUUCUGCAAUCUGAUGACUACGUCCAAAAUAAUCUCGGCUUUGUCGUAAAGUAUCAUGUAUUAGGAUGUGGUGGUGCCAUCACAAGUGCUCCAUCAAAGUUGGCAGCGGGAUACAAAGACAGCUUUAGAGAUAUCAGCAGGUGCGACUGGAAUAUCACUGCGCCUCCCGGCCAAAUAGUGCUUUUGCAGUUCACAAAAGUAAAUCUGCUACAGACGUCAACCUGCUUUGCUCACACUUUGAGAGUCUAUGAUGGUCUGAGGCCACGAGAAGAUGCCACUGAAAUUGCAAGGUUCUGUGACGAAACUGGUACAACCUACAGGACUUUCACUUCUACUAACAAUACAAUGUCAGUCUCAUUUCUUGGCCGCUUAACGCAAGAGACAGGAUUCGAGGCCAAUGUUUUCUUCACUUAUGGAGAGAGGAAAGGAUGCGGUGGAAGGAUUGCGCUUGAAAGCUCGAAAUCACAAGUUGUACAUUUCUCGCCUGAGCGAAUUUCUCAAUCUUUACCGCUAAGUUGCGAGUGGAAGGUAUUUGUUCCAAUGGAUGAAACAAUUCAGCUUACGUUCAACUCAGUUGUAUUUGGAGCUUGCGACAAUUCAACAGGAGAAGCCCAGAGUUGCAGCUGCAACAGAUUAUCGGUAUUUGAUGGCACCAACACUCUUCAGGAGAACUUAAUUGUUUCAUUUUGUGAUGAGACAUCCAUUCCUCUUCCUCUGUUAACCUCUGGAAAUUCAUUGUUACUGCAGUAUACUGUGACACAAGCCUCAAGAUCACAACCCAGUUUGACAUUCAAGGUGGAACGUAAACCAUCAAUCUGCGGUCCAUCUCAGUUAAACGUGACCAAUAUGACAAGCGUUCUGACAUCACCAGGCUGGCCACAGCCCUACGCAACAAACAUUCGUUGCAUGUGGUAUUUAUCCAGCCAAGAACUGGGCAACACCUAUAUCGACGUUCACAUCUUGGAUUUGGAUAUUGAACCAUCGCCGCAUUGCAGAAAAGACUAUCUUUUGAUCACUGAUGAAGGAUUCACUCCUACAACUCUAUACUAUUGUGAGCGUAAGAAUACCACCUCUUUGACUGAUUUCUAUUCGAGAGGUAGCACUGCUAAAAUCACCUUCGUUUCGUCGCCAUUAGGAGUUCAAAACAAUGCGCCAGCAACUCCACGAAUUCAUAAGGGUUUCAGAUUAGAAUAUAGACUCGCAGGUUGCAGCCGUAACUUCACCCGUGACAACGGACAAGUGCAACUGAAUAACCAGUACUAUCAAUCGUACAGCGACUGUGUGAUCUUAAUAACUAGUACCAAUCCCAACGCAACACUCUCACUUUAUUUCAACGGGUUUUCCAUGCAUGAUAAUGACCAUGACUGCACCAAGCACAAAGUUACGGUUUAUGAUGGUAUAGAUGCCUCAGCAAAACUUUUGAGGACUCUCUGCACCUAUGACAAUGUACCAAAUCCCAUUUUUGCCACUGGACCAAGCGUUAGGAUUCGCCAUCAAAUUUACAACCACACCCGCUCACCAGGCAUGCUGAAUCUUGAUCUGACUUACACAUCGUCCACGUACGGCCGUGGUUGUGGAGGAUCUUUCUACAGUAGUUCGGGAACGUUCUCAUCGCCUUUCUAUCCAGAGAUCAACCGUAACGACUCCUUGUGCCGUUGGAACGUAGCAGUACCCGAAGGCAAUAUUGUGCAACUACAGUUUUCAGAUUUCGAAUUGGGACCUCCAUCAACCUGUUCAACAAACUAUGUGACCAUAUAUGAUGUGUCUCGAGCUACAAAUGAAGAAAUCUUUGCUCGAAAAUUCUGUGGCAACGACCAAGUGGCACCAUACGUCAGUACCUCCAAUAAAGUGGUGGUUGAGUCAAGAACCAAUGCUAAUCGCGUUGGCCCAGGAUGGGUGAUCAAUUUUGUUGCCAUUCGGAGGAAAUCGGAUAGCGUAUUUUCAACAAACGGAGGUGUAAGCUAUUUUGAUUAUGUUUAGCUGCAAGUAAUUUUUCUGAUUAUCCGACUGCAAUUCAAUCCAUUCCUGGAGCUUCAAAAUUCAAGAGGAAUUGGUUAUUAUUCGUGGAAAUAAUUUUUUACAAGACAUCAAAAGUAUUACUCCAUACCAAAGAAAUUGAACCUCCUUUUUUACUACCAUAAGUUCUUUCUGUGAUCGUUUUUUUUUAAAUAAAAGUUUUGUAACCACAAAAUAUGUUCACCACA